AUGUGGCCGCGCCCUUCGAACAAGCCACGGACCCCGCGGGUCGGUCACCGACCGCGUCCAGGAAAUUCACAAACUGGUCAUCAUGGUCGGUACAGCAACUACCGACCUCAAUAUCGAGAUAAGUGCGGGUCGCGUGCUCGUACGGUGGGACAUUACCUCAUGGGGCGGACCUUGGGUGAAGGCUCUUUCGGUAAGGUGAGACUCGGUACUCACAUCUUGACCGGUGAGAAAGUAGCUGUGAAAGUCCUAGAGAAAUCACGGUUGGUGGAGGCAGCUGACGUGCAAAGGGUUGCAAGAGAAAUCAAGAUUCUAAAACGGAAUCGUCACCAAAACAUUAUUCAGCUAUUCGAAGUCCUCGACACACCCACCGCGAUAUAUCUUAUUAUGGAAAACGCAGAUGCGGGUGAGAUGUUUAACUAUAUUGUUCGAAAUAAACGAGUCGAAGAGCUUCAAGCCUGUCGCUUCUUUCACCAGAUUAUUGAUGGAGCCGAAUACCUUCACGACAUGGAGGUAACCCACCGUGACCUCAAACCAGAAAACUUGUUACUUCAGAGUUCGACGCAUGGACUCCUGGUUAAGAUUGUUGACUUUGGACUGUCAAAUACCCAUGAUGGCGGUACUCUUCUUCAGACGGCGUGCGGUUCACCCUGUUAUGCUGCGCCAGAAAUGAUAGCUGGUCUUAGAUACUGGGGACCUAAAGCAGACGUUUGGUCCAUGGGCGUGAUUCUCUAUGCACUUGUGUGCGGCUACUUACCUUUUGAAGAUUCCAACACUGCUACUCUUUACAAAAAGAUCAUGGCUGGUACUUACACUUGCCCCAGCUGGAUAUCCUCUGAGGUUCGUGAUCUUAUUUCA